CGUGCAGGCAGUGCUGUGAGGUUGCCCCAGCUCAGCAUAGGCAGCGACCCUGCAGCAACACGGAGAGGACGGCGCACUGGCUAGCACUGGAAAGCACACUUUACCGUAGGAAGGGACGCUCAAACACUGGAGUUGCAUGGCUAAAAUCACCGGAGUUAGCAACUAACAGGCUGUAGGUAUAUCAGCACAUUCGGGAGAAACCUCACAGCUGCCUCUCCCACUUUACUCUGGUAAUCCCGUCGACAUGUCCGCUUUCUCUGAGGCGGCUUUAGAGAAGAAACUAUCCGAGCUUAGCAACUCUCAGCAAAGUGUGCAAACCUUGUCGCUGUGGCUUAUUCAUCAUAGAAAACACUCGAAGACCAUUGUCAGUGUUUGGUUCAAGGAACUAAAAAAAGCUCAGGUAUCCCGCAAGCUCACCUUUCUUUACUUGGCCAAUGACGUCAUUCAGAACAGCAAAAGGAAAGGACCAGAGUUCACCCAAGACUUUGCACCGGUCAUCGUUGAUGCAUUCAAACAUGUUUACAGAGAGGGCGAGGAGGGCUGCAAAAAACAGCUGGGUCGGGUUUUGUCCAUUUGGCAGGAAAGAGCUGUGUACGAGAACAACUUGCUGGAUCAGCUCUCACAAGUCAUAUAUGGAGAAAAGAAAACCAAGAAGAGGUCGUAUGAGGAGAUCCAACCAGACGAUGAAGACUUUGCAUCUCAGAGCUCCCCAACUGACCCACCACAGACAGCAGAGUUAAUCCGAGCUCUGCAGGAGCUGGAGAAUGCAGCUUCUGGCGACUCAGUGCUGCGUCAGCGCAUUUCUUCUCUUCCUGCUGAAGUGCAGGACACGUCACUGCUUCAUAGGAUCACAGAUAAGGAAUCAGGUGAGAGGCUUUCCCGGCUGGUGGAGGAGGCAUGUAUGCUGCUAGCGGACUACAGUGGCCGCCUGGCAGCUGAGAUUGACGACCGAAGGCAACUCACACGCACACUGACUGUUUUCCUUCAAAGCCAGAAGGACGGCUUGGCCCAGAAUGAGCAAAAACUUGAAGAAUACAAACAUAAACUGGCGAGGGUGACGCAGGUCCGGAAGGAGCUGCGGUCCCGUCUUAACAGUCUCCCAGGAGGACUGUACAACUCCUCAAACUGAUGUCACCACCUCCUGCUGCUGCUACUUAAACAUCCUGAACAACCUGCCUCCUGGAAAAAAAACAAAAUACCACCACCAUCAGUCUUGUUGAAUAUUCUCAUCAACUUUUUUGUUUUUAUCCACAUCAAUUUUAUUCUUAAUUUUCUGUCCAAGCUCUAAACCCCCUUUGUGUUGGAUGUUCUCACUACACUGUAAGUUAGUAUUUAUAACCCUCAGACACAGGCCUCUCAUGCCUCAGCCUCUGUCCGUUUACAUUUUACUCUAAAGUGGCAUGGAUACUGCUGGUGUGAUAUUUUUGUAUGUAUAGUGACUCAGUUCACCAGAGCAUAUCCCUCUCUUCUUGUAGUGUGACAUUUCAUAAUCAUUUGCAGUAUUUUGGGUUGCAGUCAUCACUCUUUUUUUUUUUUUUUUGGAUGCUUUCAUUAGUGUGUGCAGUUAAUCUGUAACUUACAGCUGUGGAUCUUGUACAUCCACUGUGUUCAAGCUAGGAUUUCUCUGUUUCUUUGUCUGAAGUGUGAUCAAGGCCUUAGGACAUAAUGAGACAUCUCAAAACCAUAUUCUGAAGAAGAGUGUUUCUCCUCAGAGUAAACCGAUACUAAUUUAUCAUGUUUAAAAGAGGUGUGAAUCUGUUGUCUGUGUACAUAUACAAAACUGCAUGUAAAUAUGACGGCACUCCACCUGUAAGUCCUUUUGAUUGGUGUCUGUGUGCCUUGUGAAAUGGACAGAUUCCCAAGGUACUUUCAUUACCUAUUUUCAUAUUCUUAGCAAGUGCUUUGGCCGAACAAUAAUGAGCGAAAGGAGUCUGUUGUCAUGUUUACUGUAUAAUUCUGUCAUAGUUUUAUCUUUAGGACUGAAUGCUGUGCAGGUGCCUCACACAGCUUGGUGAAGUGCCCCCAGUUUCCAAAGCCACACCCUUUUUUUUUUCUUUGUUUUUGUACAUAUGAUGCAACUUCGUAGAGCCAAAUAAACAUGAAAUCUUUGCAAU